UUUGAAAAUUUUAAGAGUGGUGACCGUGAGUUUGUCUAUGAACGUGCUACAUGCUUUGCAAAAUGUGGACAGGAUGCCAUCAAAAAAUCCUGCAACUGUUUAUGGGAAGAGAGCCCUUCAUUUGAUGACAAUCAUACAUCAUAUUGCAUUAACAUGAACUUGUCUAGCAAGUCACUCAAAAAUAAUACCACAUGUCUACAAAAGGCAAUAAGGGAGUUGAAACCUUUCAAAUUCAAGCAUCAGUGUUCUCACUGCAAAGAGAAAUGCAGCACAUAUAGGUAUCAGAAUUCAAUCAGUCAAUCUGUAUGGCCAGAUGUCUCAACACACCUUGGAAUGUACAAGCAAUAUAUCCAAAAUAUUACCACAUACAAGGAGUUCUUCACAGAAUAUGAAGAACUUCUGACAGGUAAAGGGAAAAAUCUUAACAUGGCAGAGAAAUACACAAAGCUGAGAGCUUAUAAUGGUGUAAAAGAUAGCUUGAUUAAGCUUGAUGUUAUGCUGAACAGUAAGGAUGUUCUGACAUAUGAACAAAAGAAAAUGUGGACACUUGUUAGUCUCUUGUCAUCGUUGGGGUCUACUCUGAUAUUUGGAAUAGGGUUCACAUAUUUCGCUUUUGCUGAGAUAUUUGAAUGCAUAUUUUACAUCAUUAAAAGUUGCUUCAGGAGAGAAAUCAGAGAUGUUCAGAGAGACAAUGUUGAUAUAAACUUGAAGAAUGUUGGUGGAAGGUUCGCUAGUCAUAGAAUGACAAUGUAACGUAUGUGGGACAUCAGUAAACAUUGUACAAGAGAUUUGGCAUCUGUAAGACAUUGUACAAUAGAUGAGAUAUCAGUAUGGCAUUAUACAAUAGGUUGAGCAAUAGUAUGACAUUGUACAUAGUAGUGAGGCAUCAGUAAGACAUUGUUGAGAUUGGACAUCAAAUUGACAAUAUACAAUAGAUGAGAGGCCAGUAUGGCAUUAUACAAUAGAUGAGA